GGUCCCUUCCAACUCUUUAUUAUUCUACAUUCUGUGCUUAUCUUCAUUGUAUGGCUCUCCCUUUUUCUAGGCAUAAGUUCCAAUCCUAUUCAGAUGGAGCCAGACUUAAACCCCCAGGAGGAGAAGCAGCAUCGGAAAAGUACUUCAAGGAGAUCUUCACAAGCCCCACUAGAAGACGUCGACGGCCCCCCAGCCGCCACCUUUAAGCCUCUGUGUCCCGCUAAGCCCUCGCCCAGUUUUCUUGAACUCCCCUCGACUCAGUGGAGGCCCAAUCCAGUCCAGCCGCACCCCGGGGCCGCACGGACGGGGAGAGGAAGGCGCCAUUUUUCUCCGGACCACCAGCCGCAGGAAUGCUUCGGCCUCCUUGAAUGCCUACACAACAACAUGCAGGUGCAGACCCAGAUCGCGCAGGAGCAGCUGGCGCUGCUACAGGACAUCCGCGAGUCCAUGAGCCUCCUGAUCUCCCAGCAGGACCAGCAGAACGGGGAGCUCCGGGGCCAGCUGGAGCAGCACGGCCCCAGGGACCCGGCCUACUCGCCCCACCCGGGCAGCUAGCAGGCAACACACGGGCCUCCUCUGGCUUCCAUGCAGGCCUUCUGCGGGCAGCUGUGCCGUGGGACUGACUGGCAGUGCAAGCUGUGCGA